CUUUCCCGUCACUUUGCCUGAACUCAUCCCAUCCUACCCCGUCUUACUAUCCUUUCCUAUCCAAGCCAACUCGAAACACCACGACUUCGCUUUCACGAUAUCGACCGACUCAAGAUUCAAGACGCACACUUUCCCUUGUCUUAUUGUACCUCUGAGCUCGAUUUCUUUGCGUCUCAAAUCUUCGGCAUUGGAUCUCGGUAUAACCGAACCCUCCGACUCAUCAAAUCGCUCUCCCGCUCGCCAUGUCCAGUUUAUUCUCAUUCAGUGCGCAAUAGAGACGGACGUCUACGGCCAUCUGGGCUUGCCCGACCAAGGCACCAUCGUCCUAUCGUUGAUCUCGAAGGUCUCGCGCCGCGACCUCACUUGGUAGCAUACAACAUCGCUCAUUUCUUCCUCGACGCUUAUCAUCAUGGCGAACCAUCCUCCGCGCACCAUGGCUAUGGACCCGCCACAUAUAACCGAGUUCGCCUCAGAGCGUUAUUUUGAGAAGCUGAACCAGCUCAACGCGCAUCAGCAACAACAUCAGCAACAUCAUCAAACUCCCCCGACUCACAACGGUCUUGACGCCUCCACGCCACCGCCGUCAAGGUUCAUCCUUCCAUUAAGAGAAUCUAAAACUGUUGAUACUGAACCUAUCAAGCCGGGCGAAAAGCGUGACAAAUCUCGUUUCUUCGGUUUACGCUCCAAAGUUUCGCUACUUCAUUCCAAGUCGAAUUCCCCGUCUACCAGCGCACCUCGUGUUUCUGUCGAAUCAACGCGGAAAAGUGCCAGUUUCGAUCAACUCUUUCUUGGACUUCCCAAUGAACUACAGAUUCAGGUCAUCUCUGCUUUACCGUUAACCGAUGUACUCAACCUCCGACUCGCUUCCAAGUCAUGGCAUACCCUCAUCACAUUAAACGAAAACACCAUUGCUCGAUACCAUCUUGAACAUCACAUCCCCGCAUAUGCCACGCGCCUAUAUCCUAUCACCGAUUCCAACCAGAUCAACUUUCAACAUUUAUGUGGCCUUUGGCACCGAUUGCAUGUCGCCGCGAAGCUUGCCUUCCUCAUGUGCGAAUGGAUCACCAAAGAUAUUUUUCUUCGCCAGACCGAAUCCCAGCGAAUUGCUUUUGCACCACAGAACGAACGCAUGCGACGACGACUGAUCCCUCUUUUAUUCACAAUAUUCCACUUUUUUGAGACGUAUCGGAACCUGUAUCUAAAACGCAUGGCCCAGAACGACGGUAAAGGUCUGAGACGAGAACCUUAUACCAUCAACCCCAUCGAAGCCGAAAUCAUGAGCAUGUAUGACGACAAAACCUUAUUACGGGUCCACGAAGUAUUUCCGCUCGUGAUAUCAUCGUUCUGCCGAAGACUACGUCCACCAACGUACGUGGGUAGAGUUGAAAGAUCACUCCGUGGAUAUAUUCGGGAGAAACCGUCGGACGACGUGCAUGUCGCUAUCUUGUGCAUUGGUGGACUCCGACAAGUAGAGAGACUUUGGGAAAUUAAAGGAUACAACAGUCGCCGUGGGGCCGUUGACACAUGGUUCAAUGCUCUCACCAAGGAUGCACCUCCUACCGAGUCGGGCAUGUCGACAUCAAAACCUAAACGAAGCCUUUUUGGACGCAAGAAGUCUACCAGUGAAGCCCGGCCAUCUGGUGCCACAUUAAACAAGGCUCGAAGCUCGGGUUCCAUAGACGGGAACAUGGACUGGGAUGCUGGCCUUGUCUUCAACACGAGCCUAUCUGCCGGCGCUCCCAUGUCUUCUCUGAGCUCACAACAGGCUCAGGCUCUCCUCAGCGAUCUUCCUGUACUGCAACAAAUAUGGCUCACUUCAGCCGAGGCUCUUGUUCUUCAACGGCGAAUUGUCGAGCGCCCGCAGGACAUCAAGCGCAAUCAACAGGUCAUGCUGGAUUUGAUCCGAGAGGAUGGGCUUGACGAAGAGGACGAAUGGUGGUACGGCCGCAGCAUCCCCGAUUCCGUGCGGCCUCCCGUCAGUGUGACUGAUGACGAUGCGGACUGAUCACACCCAAUGGGCAUUUUUCAUUAUAUAUAUUUGCUGUUGGCGAGCGUCCUUUCAGGAAGGUAUACCACGACUACAUACUACUUUUAUUUGGGUACAUGCAUGUGUCAAAGACGGGGCUUUUGAGCAUUUACACGGCGUUUUUUUCUUUUGAUUACUCGACUGCAGGCAAAGGGGCUACUGCGUUGUCGAGCAUGGUACUGCAUGGAGCACUGGCUGGCCAUUACAUAUUGAUACCGAGUGUCUAUACGACUAUUUCUUUUUUCUAUGUCACUGCAAUAUUUACCUUUUCAUCUUGUGGUAAUUGGCACAAUUCAAUACCAAAAGUUUCAUGGAUCAAUGGCUGUCAUUCCAAUAUGAAGACAAGGGUACGCUUUUGUGUUGAAGCAAACUUUAGCUCAUCGGUGACAGAAGACUGUUAAGCAUCUUGUCCUAAUGUGUUCAUUGUCUCUUAGCCAUUGUAGCCUGGUAGUUAGUUAGCCGAUGCUUUCAUAUAUUCUAGCAUCAAACGCGAGGCCUUU